ACAACAUCGCAGUAUCUUGGCCACGAAUUCAUCCAAGUUGAGCCGUUGCUCGUGAAGAUCUCUACGAAGAUGUCCCAGCAGCUGAAGACUGCCCAUAUGCCGAAUAGCAUCUGUCCAUGUACUGAAUGGGUCUGCAAGUAUAAGGAUAGCUGCAAGUACAAGGAUAGGUUCUGUAACAGGGCAAAGGUGCUCACAAUCAACACAACAUAUCAAGUCACAUAAUCGAGUCCAUUCAGUUCAACUUCAGCAAUCUCAGCUGCAUUUCGAACUCUCUUAUCAAUCACAAUAUUGAUCUCAAAAUCAAUUGAUCAUCGCCCUCCGUACCACCAUUCACCCCAUAGAACUCCCAACAUGCCGACUACGACGAUUCGUAAAUCCUUAAUCGAAAGCUUCGGCGACCCCUCGCACGUCUCUAUCGUCACAACUGAGAUCGGACCUCCGGCAGCCAACGAAGUCCAACUCAAAGUCCUCUACUCAGGCUUCGGCGGCUCAGACAUCGCCAUGCGCCUGGGCAGCUACCCCAACCAGAAGUCCGCACCGCUCACCACCGGCUACAGCUGCAUCGGUCUCGUGACCCUCAACGGCUCCAAGAGCACUAAGUUCCCCAUUAGUAGCCUCGUAGGCUGUCUCUCAGUCUAUGAAGGGCAAUCCGAGCGCGUCAAUCUACCAGAAAAGUAUCUGAUUCCAAUCCCAGAAGGCGUUGAUCUGAAGCAAGCCGUUGCUCUGAUCCUAGAUUGGACGACUGCAUACGGCAUGGUAUACCGCACCAGCAAAGUCACCAAAGGCCAACGUGUCUUCAUCCACGGUCUUAGUGGCUCAGUAGGCUUCUCCCUGCUCACGCUGUGCAAGCUGCAAGGUGCAGAAGUCUACGGCACGGCAUCGGAGUACAAUCACGCCGCUGUACGCGCAGCCGGCGCCCAUCCGUUCGUGUACACCAACAAAGACUGGAUGAUGGCCAUGAACGCCAUCGGUGGUGCACAUGUAGUGUUCGACCCGCUGGGCUUCGAAUCCUACGACGAGAGCUGGGAUAUUCUCGCGCGCGGAGGCGGUAUGCUAGUUGGGUACGGUGGGAACUACAAUGUUUUGAAUGGCGGGAAGACGAGGAGUCAGUGGCCGCAGAUUGCGAAGUUGCUGUCGAAGAACUUGAAUGUGUUCUGUCCCAACAGCACGGCGUUCUUUUACGUUAACAGGGACCAGAGCACGUUUGAGCCGGAACUGAAGGCUUUAUUGGAGAUGCUAAGGAAGGGCGAGAUUAGGGUGCCGAUUCGGAAGUUGUGGACGCUAGAAGAGGUGCCGGAGGCGCACCGUAUGUUCAAUAAGGGACCUGGUGUCGGUGCGGUGGUGAUCAAGGUGGCCAAUAAUGUUAACCUUUGAGUAGGAAUGGCGCUUCUUUUACACACAAUCGUGCUAGGCGGUGCUCGAUGCUGGAC